GCUCUCCAUGUCAUACCCUCAAGCCCUCUGUCUCUCGCUCCCUUGUUCCCUCUUAUCCUCCCCACCUCGUAUCUUCGCUCUAGACUAACACCCCACUCACCUGUGAACCAUGACUGGCUCUACAGCGUCCGAAAACACCCCACUGCUUGCCCCAAAGCACACCCCCCUUCCCAAGUUCCAGCUGUUCAUCCUGCUCUGGGUGCAGCUCGCCGAGCCGCUCGCAUCACAGGUUAUAUACCCAUUCGUGAACAAGCUCGUUGGAGAACUCCCCAUCACCGGGGGCGACCCAGAGAAGAUUGGAUACUAUGCCGGCCUCAUCGAAUCGCUCUUCUUCGUGACUGAGGCGUUCACGGUCCUGCAUUGGUCCCGCCUCUCGGACCGCAUCGGCCGCAAGCCCGUUCUCCUGGUCGGCCUCUUCGGCCUGACAUUCUCGAUGAUCUCGUUCGGGAUGUCCAAGUCGUACUGGGCGAUCGUGGUCUCGCGCUGCCUCGCAGGCCUCCUGAACGGCAACGUGGGCGUGAUCAAGAGCAUGAUGGGCGAACUCGGAGAGGGAAACAUCGCACAGGCCAUGGCGCUGAUGCCUGUGACUUGGGCUACGGGUGCUACCAUCGGUCCCAUGAUCGGAGGACUCCUUGCCAACCCAUACGAAAACUACCCCAACACGUUUGGGAAAUUUGAGUUCUGGAAAACGUACCCCUACGCUUUGCCGUGCUUUGUGAUUGCUUUCUACUGCAUCUUUUCGUGGGCCUUGGCUUUCUUCUUCCUCCAAGAGGCAAGCAGCACAUCUGCUACGGUGAAACCGCGCCGUGCCGGCACCUCCGACGGAGCAGCUGUAGAGCACAAGGACCUCCCGCUCCGCGAACUGCUCACUCCCCGUGUCAUCACCGCAGUGUCCAACUACUCCCUGCUCGCACUGCUCGAUAUCGCACUGCGCGCGCUGCAGCCGCUGUUCUACACCAUGCCCAUCACCCUCGGCGGCCUGGGAUUCACGCCCGCUGUCGUCGGUCUGUGCCUCGGUGCAUUCGGGCUGUUCAGCGGGAUCUACCAGGCCACGGCGUUCUCCUCCGUGUACGACCGCUUUGGGACCAAAAACGUUUUCGUCGCUGCGAUGGGCACGUUCGUGCCCAUGUUCCUGCUCUUCCCGCUCAUGAAUCUGUCGGCGCUGCGGGCGGACCGUGUUGAUGGCUUGACGUGGGUGCAGUUGGUUCUGCAGAUGGUGUUGUACAUCAUCAUGGACAUGGGAUUCAGCUGCGCGUUCAUCUACGUCCGGGCGGCCGCGCCGAACCAGCACUCGCUCGGCGCCACCAACGGGAUCGCACAGACGUGCAUUUCCGUCGUGCGUGCCAUCGGCCCUGUCGCGUCGACCUCGCUCUUCUCCCUGUCGCUGGAGAAGAACAUCCUCGGCGGAUCGUUCGUGUACCUGGUCAUGGUCGUGCUCUCCGCGCUGGCCCUCGGCGCCACGGCGUACCUGCCAAAAACGCUCUGGGAAGUCCCGCAGAGCGAGCAAAACUAGCGAAGAAGUCUUUAGAGUGUCGUGUCUGGCUGGCUUUAGGGUUACAUGUGCUAGUCAUCCAAAAUCAAAACUGUUACAUUCGUUUGAAUCAGAGCCUUGUUUUCCGGCAAUGAACAUA